CCAGCGUGCGACAGCAUCUGCAUGUUAAUGUUCAUGACUUGUUACAGACAUCUCUGGCGGCGACGUACAAGUUCAACUUCACGUGGCACAAGUACACAAGGAUACAGCUAUCGAUCAUGCCUCUAUUGAAGAUAUGGAGUGCGGAUCACACAAUAAAAAAGAUGAUCACCGCUGAAACAAUGGCUGAUGUUAUUGAGAAAGCAGAGGAAUACGGGAUCUGCAACUCAUGCAGUGCAAAGGUGUUUCUUGUUGAUUGGACGGAACUUGACGAAACAGUAUUCCAAGAAGUUGUUGCUCAGCUACCAAUGGACCAGAGGAUUUUCAUUGUUGCAGAAAUAGUGCCCCCUGCAAGUCCUCCUGUGCAAGACGUCUCCGAAUCAAACAGUGCACCUGUACCAGAGCCAACCAGUGACAUCGACAUGCAUGUAUCGACAGAGAAGCUUCCCAAAGAUCUUCAGGGCGCAUUGAGUACAGCAGCAUCGCCUCUUCACCCUAAACAUCGAAGGGAACUAGUCCGUUGUGUUGUUGACCAAAUGUUAGCUGUGUGCUCUAGGCCAAGAAGAGAACUGAUUAGGAGUGUGGCUGAGGAAAUGGUCAAGGCAUACCCAGCUGCUCUUGAAGAUAGGAGCAUCAAUGGCUCCUUGCUUGGCCGUGGCUAUGACUCGUUGUUUCAACAACUUGAGGCGAGAGUAGAAAAUAUUCAUCGAUGCAAGCGAGGAAUCCCAUCAUCGACUCCUGUGUCGACGCAGAAGAGUGCAAAGAUGUCGUACGGCUGCAUGAAUUGGCAGCCGCGGCCAGUAUUACACACUGAUGAGCUUGAUGAGAAGCAGCAAUUUCUUCAGCGUGAAGCGCGGAAAAGUCCAAAGGACAUGGAUUUGUCUUUGGCCAUGGUGUACAUGGAAGAUACAUAUGGAGCACAACGGCAAUUCAUAAACAGUGGGAGUCCUGUGCACCAUGCUACAGAAAUCAAGAGGGAGUGGCCACUGCUGUUUCACCGUCCCUUCUUCUACAAGCACGUUGUACAACUUCUUGGAAAGGAUGCCAAGGUAUGA